UUUUGUCGUGUCAAAUCCCAGACGUUGUCGGUUGAGGUUUACGAAAGAUGUCAACCCAAAACGAACCAUUCUACCUCCGUUACUACUCAGGUCACUCUGGGCGGUUCGGACAUGAGUUUCUAGAAUUCGACUUCCGUACCCUUGGCGAUGGCCGCAGUGCUGCCGUGCGAUAUGCGAACAACUCCAACUACCGCAAUGAUUCUUUGAUUCGGAAAGAAAUGUGCGUGAGCGCAGCGAUGAUUCAGGAGGUGAAGCGCAUUAUCAAGGAGAGUGAGAUCAUGAAGGAGGAUGACUCCAAAUGGCCCCAGAAGAAUAAGGAUGGACGUCAGGAACUUGAGAUUCGGCUUGGGAAUGAGCAUAUCUCCUUUGAGACUGCGAAAAUCGGCUCAUUGGUGGAUGUGACUGAAUCUGCGGACCCGGAAGGCUUGCGAGUGUUCUACUAUCUCGUCCAGGACCUGAAGGCCCUCAUCUUCUCGCUUAUUUCGCUCCAUUUCAAGAUCAAACCUAUCUAAAUGGUGAUGGUUGUGGAAACAUGAAAUGGAAUGGUUCACUUUCUGGGAUGAAUAAUAGGCGUUUUCUAUUUGAUUGCAGCCGUGGCGGGUAUACUACUAGUGCUACUUUUUCUUUUUUUACCUUUCCUCUUCCAUAUUUCCCCAAAAAUUUGUCUGGCAGAUUUGGGUUGCUUGAAAUGAGGCCCGAUGGCAAAGCGACUCACCGAAAGCGAUGACGCAAUGGGAGCUUGCCACUGAGGCCAACGUAGCGGAAGAAUUGGAAUACCCAACGACGUGUGUGGAUGUGGAUGUGGAUGAGGGUAUGUGUGUGUGAAGUGUUUGAUGUGUAAAAAAAAG